CCACAGCGCACGCAGCCGACACUCCGUCCGGUGUAGUGUAAUACAGUACAUAUAUCCUUGCGCCCUCCCGGCCACUUCAGUCGACAUACGAGCACCAUACAGCCAGCUUAAUAAUUUGCUGCUAUAUAGCUCUUCAUUCUGUCGUAGAGAUCGAGACGUACACACUACACUGAAGCAAGCUGAGUGCGUCGUACCAGUAGAUAGCUAGCUAAAUUAGCUAGAGGGAUGGGUUCUCUGGAGGCAGCGAGCGGUGCUGCCGGCAAUGGCGGCGGCGUCGCGGACCAGGCGCUGGCAUUGGAGAUCGGUGCUGGCAUUAAUGGGCAGCAGCACAAGGCCGCAGCUGCCGUCGUCGCCCGUGCGCCCGUGCUGGCGAACGGCGGCGCCGGUGGAAAGGCUACGAAGAAGAAGAUCAGCCCCAAGGACAGGUAUUGGGUGGCUGCCGAUGAGGGGGAGAUGGAGGCGGCCACGGCGGACGGCGGCGAGGACGGCUUGAGGCCGCUGCUGUACCGGAACUUCAGGGUCAGAGGCAUCCUCCUCCAUCCAUACAGGUUGCUGAGCUUGGUCAGAUUGGUUGCUAUCGUCCUAUUUUUCGUAUGGCGUGUCAGGCAUCCAUAUGCAGACGGCAUGUGGCUUUGGUGGAUAUCUAUGGUUGGAGAUCUUUGGUUUGGUGUCACUUGGUUGCUAAACCAAGUUGCAAAGCUUAAUCCUAUCAAGCGUGUCCCCAACCUUGCCCUCUUGAAACAGCAGUUUGAUCUCCCUGACGGCAACUCCAACCUCCCUCUCCUUGAUGUGUUCAUCAACACAGUGGAUCCCAUAAAUGAGCCUAUGAUAUACACUAUGAACUCCAUCUUAUCCAUUCUUGCCGCAGACUAUCCAGUUGACAAGCAUGCUUGCUACCUCUCAGAUGAUGGUGGGUCAAUAAUCCACUACGAUGGGUUGCUUGAGACUGCAAAAUUUGCUGCGUUGUGGGUUCCCUUUUGCCGAAAACAUUCUAUUGAGCCAAGAGCCCCUGAGAGCUACUUUUCUGUAAAGACACGCCCAUACACUGGAAAUGCUCCAGAAGAGUUUGUCAACGACCACAGACACAUGUCUAGAGAGUAUGAUGAGUUCAAGGGGCAUUUAGAUGCACUUUUUACCGUCAUUCCCCAACGGUCAGAUAAAUACAAUCAUGCAGAUGCCAAAGAAGGUGCAAAGGCAACUUGGAUGGCAGAUGGGAAACAGUGGCCAGGCACAUGGAUCGACCCAGCUGAGAACCAUAAGAAAGGACAACAUGACGGAAUUGUCCAGGUUAUGUUGAAACAUCCAAGUUAUGAACCAGAACUUGGUUUACCUGCAAGCGCCAACAACCCUCUAGACUUCAGCGCCGUUGAUGUACGCCUCCCAAUGCUUGUGUACAUCUCGCGUGAGAAGCAUCCAAACUAUGAUCAUCAAAAGAAGGCAGGUGCCAUGAACGUACAGCUGCGAGUCUCUGCCCUCCUGACCAAUGCGCCCUUCAUCAUCAACUUCGAUGGCGACCACUACGUCAACAACUCAAAAGCUUUCCGGGCUGGCAUCUGUUUCAUGCUCGACCGCCGUGACGGUGACAAUACUGCCUUUGUACAGUUCCCUCAACGCUUUGAUGAUGUUGAUCCUACAGACAGGUAUUGCAAUCACAACCGUGUCUUCUUCGAUGCCACCUUGCUCGGCCUCAACGGCAUCCAAGGGCCUUCUUACGUCGGCACUGGUUGCAUGUUCCGUCGUGUCUCACUUUAUGGUGUUGACCCACCUCGCUGGAGACCUGAUGACGCCAUGAUUGUGGACAGCUCCAACAAGUUUGGCAGUUCACUGUCCUUUAUCAGCUCAAUGCAGCCAGCCGCAAACCAAUCACGCUCGAUCAUGUCACUGCUUGCACUUGAAGAGUCUGUCAUGGCGGAGUUAGCUGAUGUCAUGAAAUGUGCAUAUGAGGACGGGACUGAGUGGGGCAAGGAAGUUGGCUGGGUGUACAACAUUGCAACAGAGGAUGUGGUCACCGGCUUCCGCCUGCACCGGAAUGGGUGGCGUUCAAUGUACUGCCGCAUGGAGCCAGAUGCAUUUGCCGGCACUGCACCUAUCAACCUCACUGAGCGCCUCUACCAGAUCCUGCGCUGGUCAGGGGGCUCCCUUGAGAUGUUCUUCUCACGCAACUGCCCACUUCUGGCCGGUCGCCGACUCCACCCUAUGCAACGAAUAGCUUACGCCAACAUGACGGCCUACCCAGUCUCAUCGGUCUUUCUUGUGUUCUAUCUCCUCUUCCCGGUUAUAUGGAUCUUCCGUGGGCAAUUCUACAUCCAGAAGCCAUUUCCCACGUACGUGUUGUACCUUGUCAUCGUCAUAGGCUUGACCGAAUUGAUUGGUAUGGUGGAGAUCAAGUGGGCAGGCCUCACGCUGCUGGACUGGAUCCGCAAUGAGCAGUUCUACAUUGUUGGUGCGACUGCUGUGUACCCUACAGCAGUGCUGCACAUAGUGCUGAAGUUGUUUGGUUUGAAGGGUGUUUCAUUCAAGCUGACGGCAAAGCAGGUAGCAAGCAGCACCAGUGAGAAGUUUGCUGAACUGUACGCUGUGCAGUGGGCUCCAAUGCUGAUCCCAACAAUGGUAGUGAUAGCAGUGAAUGUCUGUGCCAUUGGUGCGUCGAUAGGCAAGGCGAUAAUCGGAGGAUGGUCGCUCUUGCAGAUGGCAGAUGCAGGGCUGGGGCUGCUGUUCAACGCAUGGAUUCUGCUGCUGAUCUACCCUUUUGCACUGGGCAUCAUGGGACGGUGGAGCAAGAGACCCUAUGUCCUGUUCAUUAUGUUUGUCCUUGCGUUUAUUGUAAUCGCGAUGCUGGAUAUUGCCAUCCAAGCCAUGCGCUCUGGGUUUGUUCGGUUCCACUUCAGAAGGUCAGGUGGUGCCAGUUUUCCCACAAGCUGGGGUUUGUAAGGCUCUGGUCUUUAUUGCUUAUUGGUGCCAGUUUCCCUUGUUGGAAGGUUUUUUCUUCUUUCUGGUUUUCUUAGAUGGUGUGGAUCAUAUUGGUCGUACAAGUUCGUGUGCAUAAUGUAAAAUUGGCCAUUUGCCUGGAAAGGAAAGGAGAUGUGACGAAGUAAUACGUAUAGAAUUUCCAGUAUGAUGUCCAGGAUGCCUGGGAGUAGUAUUUAAUAAUUGUAACCAAAUUCUCUCACGUCCUAUCUAAUCUAGACAUCAAGAUUUAUA